AUGUCUCCGCGCAAAGCCCUUCCUCCCGACAAGCGCAAUCCAUGUACUCAUCUGACAAUGGCUCGUCUCUUUGAUCCUUAUGGCUCCUUCAAAUGUUCCAUGUGCAACAGGCAUCCCGGUAUUGGCUGGCUUUAUCGUUGUACUCAAGAUUCCAGUGGCUUCUUGCCUGAAUCUGAUUUCACCGGUCGGCCAACACUCAUCAAGAGGUGGAUUGCCCAAGACUUGAGCUCACAUUCUCUUAGCCACUCCGUCAUCAAGGGAAUUGCACAAGGUCAAUACACUGACGAACAAAUCAAAACAUUGAUCGAGCAAAAGGGAAAAGUCAGGGAUGCCAUUCUGGGACAAGACAGUCGACCUGCCACCUCGCCCGCCUCCAUUUCCGCCACACCUUCAUCCUCAUCUGAGGCCCUCUUUUCAACUUUGUCUCAAAAUCCAGCUUUCUCUAUCACCUCGUCUACAACCCUGGAGGAAGAGAUCAGAGCCGCUUAUGACUGGAAAGAAUUGCAGACAGUAUUGAUGUCGGAACCUUCAAUUCCUCCUCCCGACUGCCGACCCAAGUCACUCUCUCAUACUGAAACUCAGGACACUGCCCUCCUUGCCGUGCAUGAUUGUAACUUCAUGAUCUGUCCCACCUGCCGACCAAUCUACCGUGAGCGUGCCACUCAGUCCUUGGACAACAUUCUGAACAGUCCAACCCAAUUCCCGCCAAUCUGGGAACUACAAAAUCGCCGGAUAUCCGAAGCCCACAUUGUGGCAGAUAUUGGACUUCCCAAGGCGGAUCCCCGAUUCCACGCUCUCGAACCCCCCGAAUUGUUACGGUCGAUCCAGGGCGUACCCGAGCACACCGUGAACGACGCGGAUGACGUCGAGGGCCUUCCCGAACCCAAGAAGACCCAUUCCAUUCACAAGCGCAGUAGCUUCAAGCACAGAGUCAAAAAGGUUCUUGCCAGGGCCUGUCUUAAAGAUACUUCAGCCACAAUCCAUAUCAAUGACAGUACCUUCAGGGAUGGCUUCUACACCACCAGAUCACAAUCUUCUUGUUCUUCCAUCUUCAGACGCAGAAGGUCUCGUUCCACCAUGUCAUUUGUGGAAACACAUGGCCGGGUUGUUGAUACCAGUACUCUUCACGAUUCGGUCAUGCUCAUGUUGGCCACGAAUACUCCAUUGCCACACACUCCAACCCGGAGAAACACUCAAUUGUAUUGGAAUAGGCAAUCGGAAUGA